AUGAUGUACACGAGUCCCCACGAUGCCCCAGUGCUCAUUGGUGUUAUUGGAGGGUCAGGCACGUACAACCUCAACGCGAUGCAAAAUGUCAAGAAGUACACCAUUCCUACACCGUACGGCAUGCCAAGUGGAAGCAUAUCGGUCGCUACCGUCUCUGGCGUGCUGUGCGCCUUUAUUCCUCGCCAUGGCUACAGCCACGAAUUCACGCCCGAUGAAGUGAACUAUCGAGCCAACAUCUACGCCCUGAAGUUGCUGGGCGUAAAAUACCUCAUUGGCGUCAAUGCAGUGGGAUCGUUGGAUGCAGAGUACCAACCAGGCGAUAUGGUUCUUGUCGAUCAGCUCAUCGAUCGCACCACUGGCCGAAGGACCACCUUCUUUGGCGAAGGCAUCGUGGCCCACGUGGACUACGCCUAUCCGCUUUCUGCCAACUUCCGGAAGCUUGCACAUGAUACGCUGACAAAGGCAAUGGGGAAGUUAACCACAGCAGUGAGCGGUGGCAAGCCAUGGAAACUACACAACGGCGCCACACUCGUCACGAUGUCCGGCCCUCAGUUCAGUACACGCGCAGAAUCACUCAUCAACAAAAGUCUCAACGGUCACCUUAUUGGAAUGACCACCUCCACGGAGUCAAAACUGGCGAGGGAAGCAGAAAUGGCGUACCUCGUCGUGGCCGCCGUAACGGAUAUGGAUGCAUGGAGCGACGCCCCGCACGUCGAUGCAGAAAGCGUUCGCAAAGUCAUGGCGGCGAAUGUCGAAAAGGUUCAGCUGAUCGUCGUGGAACUCAUUGCGGCCGUGUCAGCCAACCAGUUUGACGACCCCGCACACCACUGCCUCGAAUACGCAGUACCAACAAAACCAGAGGCCAUUACAAAGGAAGUGCGCCAACGCAUCGCGCCACUCAUGGCAAAAUAUCCCAUAUUCGCUCCGUAA